AUGGCCUCAGUCGCCGGAGCCUUCCUAAAGGUGCUGCUGCUUCUCCCCGGGCAGACUUGGAGCCCAGUAGUGGCAGGAAAUCCACGCGAUUGCGACACCCCACUGGCAUCUGCCUUGCCUCCAUCAUCCUUCAGCAGCUCCUCAGAGCUGUCCAGCAGCCAUGGCCCUGGGUUUGCAAAGCUUAAUCGAAGAGAUGGAGCUGGUGGCUGGACCCCACUUGUGUCAAAUAAAUAUCAGUGGCUGCAAAUUGACCUUGGAGAGAGAAUGGAGGUCACUGCUGUGGCCACCCAAGGGGGAUAUGGGAGCUCUGACUGGGUGACCAGCUAUCUCCUGAUGUUCAGUGACAGCGGGAGGAACUGGAAGCAGUAUCGACAAGAAGAAAGCAUCUGGGGAUUUCCAGGAAACACAAAUGCAGACAGCGUGGUACACUACAGACUUCAGCCUCCCUUUGAAGCCAGGUUCCUGCGCUUCCUCCCAUUAGCCUGGAACCCCAAGGGCAGGAUUGGGAUGCGGAUGGAAGUGUACGGAUGUGCAUACAGAUCUGAGGUGGUUUAUUUUGAUGGACAAAGUGUUCUGUUGUACAGAUUUGAUAAAAAAUCCAUAAAACCAGUAAGAGACAUUAUUUCUUUGAAAUUUAAAACCAUGCAAAGCAGUGGAAUUCUACUCUACAGAGAAGGACAACAUGGAAAUCGCAUUAUUCUGGAAUUAAUUAAAGGAAAGCUUGUCUUUUUUCUUAAUUCAGGCAAUGCCAAUAUGCCCUCCACUAAUGCUCACAUGAACCUCACCCUGGGCAGCCUGCUGGAUGACCAGCAUUGGCAUUUUGUUCUCAUCGAGCUCCUCAAAACAGAGGUCAACUUCACGGUGGACAAGCACACUCAACAUUUCCAUACUCAGGGAGAAGCCAGUUACUCGGAUCUUAAUUUUGAGAUCAGCUUUGGGGGCAUUCCGACACCUGGAAGAUCACGAAAAAACUUUCAUGGGUGUUUAGAAAAUCUUUAUUAUAAUGGAGUGGAUAUUAUUGAAUUAGCCAAGAAACAUAAACCACAGAUCCUCAUUACGGGAAAUAUGUCCUUCUCAUGUCCAAAGGCACAGACUGUCCCUGUGACUUUUCUGAGUUCCACAAGUUACCUGGCCCUGCCAGGCAACUCUGGAGACAACAAAGUGUUUGUCACUUUUCAAUUUAGAACAUGGAACAGAGCAGGAUGUUUGCUUUUUGGUGAACUUCGACGUGGUGCAGAGAGUUUUCUUCUCUUUCUUAAGGAUGGAAAACUCAGACUGAGUCUCUUCCAGAAGGGACAGCCAUGGAGGAACAUCACAGCAGGUGCUGGCUUAAAUGAUGGGCAGUGGCAUUCUGUGUCCUUAUUUGCUAAAUGGAGUCAUCUGAGUGUGGCAGUGGAUGAUGACACAGCUGUUCAGCCCCUGGUGACUAUGCUGAUUGAUUCAGGUGACACCUAUUAUUUUGGAGGAUGCCCCGACAAUAGUUCCAGCUCUGGAUGCAAAAGUCCCCUGGAGGGGUUUCAGGGCUGCCUGAGGCUCAUCUCUAUUGGUGACACAGCGGUGGAUCCCAUCUCAGUACAGCAGGGGUCCCUGGGGCGUUUCAGUGACCUCCAGAUAGACUCCUGUGGCAUCACAGACAGGUGCUUGCCCAAUUUCUGUGAGCAUGGAGGUGAAUGUUCUCAGUCCUGGGACACCUUCUCCUGUGACUGUCUGGGCACAGGCUACACAGGCGAGACCUGCCACUCCUCUCUCUACGAGCAGUCCUGCGAAGCCUACAAGCACAAAGGGAACCCUUCUGGGCUUUACUACAUUGAUGCCGAUGGGAGUGGCCCCCUGGGACCAUUUCUUGUGUACUGCAAUAUGACUGCAGACACAGCCUGGACAGUGGUACAGCAUGGUGGCCCUGACACUGUGACAGUUCAAGGCAUGGCUCGAGGGCACCCACACUCCACAGCUUCCUUCACGUAUGUGGCUGGCCCUGGGCAGCUGCAGGCCAUGGUCAUCCACGCUGAGAGCUGUGAGCAGCAGCUGGCUCUGAGCUGUGGUAUGGCACACUUCUCAGACACACAAGAUGGAACCCCACUGAGUUGGUGGGUUGGAAGAACCAAUGAAACACAUACUUACUGGGGAGGUUCUCCAUCUGAUGCUCAAAAGUGUACUUGUGGAUUAGAAGGAAACUGCAUUGAUUCUCAAUAUUACUGCAACUGUGAUGCUGACCGGAAUGAAUGGACCAGUGACACAAUAGUCCUUUCCCAAAAGGAGCACCUGCCGGUCACUCAGAUUGUGAUGACAGACACAAGCCAACUGAAUUCAGAAGCAGCUUAUAGCCUGGGGCCACUGCUCUGCCAGGGGGACAAGUCAUUUUGGAAUUCAGCCUCCUUCAAUACAGAGACUUCAUACCUUCAUUUCCCUACUUUCCAUGGAGAACUCACUGCUGAUUUCAGUUUCUUUUUUAAGACCACAGUUUCCUCUGGAGUGUUCCUGGAGAAUCUGGGGAUCACAGACUUUAUCAGGAUCGAGCUGCGUGCUCCCACUGAAGUAACCUUUUCCUUUGAUGUGGGGAAUGGGCCUUGCGAGGUUACGGUGCAGUCACCCACUCCCUUUAAUGACAAUCGGUGGCACCAGGUGAGGGCAGAAAGGAACGUUAAAGGAGCAUCUCUUCAAGUUGACCGGCUCCCUCAAAAGAUACAACAUGCACCUGUAGAUGGGCACAUCCGUUUACAGCUCAACAGCCAGCUCUUCAUUGGGGGAACGGCCACCAGACAGAGAGGCUUUCUGGGCUGUAUUCGAUCCCUGCAGCUGAAUGGGAUUGCCCUGGAUCUGGAAGAAAGAGCCACAAUGACGCCAGGAGUGGAGCCAGGGUGUGCAGGACACUGCAGCAGCUAUGGACACUUAUGUCACAAUGGAGGGAGAUGCAGAGAGAAACACAGAGGGAUCACGUGUGAUUGUGCCUUCUCUGCAUAUGAUGGGCCAUUCUGCUCAGAUGAGAUUUCUGCAUAUUUUGAAACUGGCUCUUCAAUGACCUAUAAUUUCCAAGAGCAUUACGUCUUGAGUGAAAACUCCAGCUCCCUUGCUUCUUCAUUACAUAGGGAUGUAACCUUGACUAGAGAAAUGAUCACACUGAGCUUCCGAACAACACGAACUCCGAGCUUAUUGCUGUAUGUGAGCUCUUUCUAUGAGGAAUACCUUUCAGUUAUCCUCGCCAACAAUGGGAGUUUGCAGAUUAGGUACAAGCUAGACAGACAUCAAGAUCCUGAUGCAUUUAAUUUUGAUUUUAAAAACAUGGCUGAUGGGCACCUUCACCAGGUGAAGAUUAGCAGAGAAGAAGCAGUGGUCAUGGUAGAGGUUAACCAGAGUGCAAAGAAACAAGUCAUCUUGUCUUCUGGAACAGAAUUCAACGCUGUCAAAUCCCUCAUAUUGGGAAAGUUUUUAGAGCUCCUAGGUAUGGACCCAGACACACGGCGGGCAGCGGCACGUGGCUUCACCGGCUGCCUCUCCGCUGUGCGGUUUGCCCAUGUGGCUCCCCUGAAGGUGGCGCUGCGCUCUGGCAGCCCAGCCAAGGUCACUAUCCGAGGUCGCGUGGCCGCCGCCUCAGGCUGCGCAGUGGGGGCGCGGCCUGGCUCCCCAGCGCGGGAACUGGCUCCCCGGCUCACGGGAGGUGCAGGUCGUUCUGGACCAACAGAUGAGGGAAAGCCCUUACUUAACACAGAUGGAAGUGACUCUGCUGUCAUCGGAGGUGUCAUAGCAGUUGUGAUAUUUAUUUUGCUCUGCAUCACUGCCAUAGCCAUACACAUUUAUCAACAGAGAAAGUUGUGCAAAGAAAAUGAGUCAAAAAUCUCCAAAAAUGAAGAAUGCUAA